AUGAGCAAGGUCAACAAAGGGUUCGCCUACGUGUACAACACGCCGCGGGAAGACCGGAAGAUUGCGCGAGUACUGAGCGGUUGGGAGGCCGACGCAGCUCCUGUUGUCCUUGAUGCUGCGGCGCUGGAUCAUGGAGCUCAAGAGCGUCUGUCAUCCUUGCGCGAAUUCCUGUUCAGCACCUGUACUGGACUCAAGAAACACAGCCUCAACGUAAGCAGCAAGGUCCUCACCGUCCUCACGGCAUACCCGGUCCGCUACUACCCGCAGCUAAAGGCGCUGGCUCCGGAUGCCCCGAUUGUUGAGCGCGUGGAAGAGUGCUUGGCCUCCGCGGGGAUCUCGACAGCUGACGUGCUCGCAUUGUCGGUGGCGCUCAACGAACAAGCUUCACCUGCUGAACCUGUUGCAGAACAAGCACACGAAUCCAAGACGCACUCAUGCCAAGUCCAUCAUCACCUUCUAGCUGUCAUUGAUGAGCUUAUCGCCUCGAACCGAGCCCUCUCCGCGCGUCUUACAAUCGUGGAGGCUGCGCAACUAAAGUGUAAGCGAAAACAAGUACCCGAUGAGGAGCCACAGACACAAAAUACGUCGGAUCAAGAGCCAAAACCCAAGCGCAGAAAGAAAGCAACGACCAACCUGUCCAGCGCGUGGUUCGAAUGGUACACGCGGGUGCCACGCGUCUGGGACUCCGCCGACCGCCAGAAGAAGUCCGAGUUUCGCCACGUCACGGCGUUCAUGAAGCUCUUCUUGAGCGAAGGCUUCACGCUUGACCCCAAGGCGCCGCACUACAAGGAUCAAGUCCUGGACGCUGGCCGUCGGGCUGAGAAAGCCGUGCUUGUCUUCCUGAAGUCGCGCAACGUCAACGCCAAGGGAGCUGGAAGCGUCUUGCGUGCGCUGCGCCCACUCCACAAGAAUGGCGUCUUGGACGAGCGCAUUGCCGCAUACAAGACGCUACGCGCUGUCCGUAGAAUCGUUGAUCCUGCGCCUACAGAGACACAAGCCGUCUUAGCCACUGUAGGUCACGUCUAA